AUGUUGACAAGGCAAUACAAAACUAACUCGAAACGCAAGCGAGCUCCUGAAGAAAUAUUGGUCAGUAGAAAUGUAAAACAAAAAUUUUCUUCUAGUUCUACUACUGGUAAUGCUUCCGCCUCAGAAAGAAGUUUGACAAAAAAUGUCGCUUUUAAAAACGUUUUAACGAAGGCUUCAGUUCCAAGAAGGCCUUUAUAUUCAAACAAGGUGGCAACUAUUAAUAAUAGUGCUCUUACAACGCUGCCUAUAUCUUCAAAGCCUGUGCCGCCUCGAUCAAGCAAAUCGACCGUAAGUCAAAAAAACGCCGCUACAAUGUCAUAUUCUGGUACAAAGAUAGUUCCAUAUGAUGCGGGAGGAAACUUUACCGGCAAGGUAUCUCCUGCAAAUUUAAAUAAAGCUGAAAUAUCCAGAUUGCGUUCAGAAAUUGCACAGCACAAAAAAAAAUUGGCCGAAAUUCAGCAGGAAGCUGCUGAAUGCGAAGAAUACAACAAAGCUAUAGAAGCUGAAUUCUCGGGGUUGCAUGAUGAAUUAGUAAAAGUAAAGCUUGAUAGCGACAUAAUGUUGGCGGAUAUUGAACAAUCAAAGAAACAAGCCGACUCGUAUGACAAAGAACUCAAGGUGCUUGACGAACAACUCAACGCGAUGAAUGAAGAAAACAAUAGGCUCCACAAAAAUGUACAGGUGCUCAAUAAAGACCUAAGAUACAAGUAUGAAAAAAUCGAAGAGAAAAAAUCAUUGCAAGAAUCUCGCCUUAAGCAGAUUCUAGAAAAUUACAAUGGUUUGAAUUCAGAAGAAAAUACCCGAAAGGAGUUGCAUAACCAACUUCUAGACCUUAAGGGUAACAUUAGGGUAAUGUGUCGUGUCCGUCCUUGUACUGAUAAAGAAAAUGACGUUGUACUGGCUAAAUUAAAAUGUUCUGAUGAUAAACGCUCUAUUGAAAUUUCCACCGAGAGAAAGUCUCUGUGGCGUACGGUAGUUGAUACAUCGACAUUUAAGUUCGAUUGUGUUUUUGAUUCAAAUGCAGACCAAGAUCAAGUAUUCUCCGAAAUCUCUCCACUUGUACAAUCAGCUAUCGAUGGGUAUAAUGUUUGUAUAUUUGCCUACGGCCAAACUGGAUCCGGUAAAACUUAUACAAUGGAAGGUGAUGUGAACAAUCUGGAAAAGAAAGGAAUGAUCCCUCGAGCAAUUGAUAUUAUUUUUGAUAAAAUUAAAGAGUUAGAAAAACUUGGAUGGAACUUCGAAGCUUACGUUCAAUAUGUUGAAAUUUAUAAUGAGACAAUUCAGGACUUGCUUGGAGAUGAGGACAAAAAAAACAAGAAGUUAUACAAGGAUCGCAAGAAAACAUACAAGGAGAGCAAAGAUUUAUACAAGAUAAUGUACAACGACAAUACCCGCAUGACCAUUGUAGAGAAUGCUGACAGACGUAAGGUCAGCCGAAAGGAAGAUAUGGAAAGCUUGUUACGUAAAGCUUCAAAUCGUCGAUCCAAGGCCUCAACUAAUUCUAAUUCGGUUUCAUCAAGAAGUCAUGGUGUAUUUAUAUUUCACUUAGAAGGAGAAUAUCCAAUUGGAAAUGAGAGCAGCCGAGGUUCUUUAAGUCUCAUUGAUUUAGCAGGUUCAGAAAACAUUGAUAAAUCAGGCUCGACUGGCAAUCAGUUGAAAGAAACACAAAAUAUCAAUAAAUCCUUGAGUGACCUUAAGACAGUGAUUCAACAAAUUAAGGAUAAAGCGAGUUAUGUAAACUAUCGUGACUCCAUGUUGACAAAUUUGUUAAAAUAUUCACUGGGUGGUACGGCAAAAGUGUGUAUGCUUGUCAAUGUGUCGCCAUUUGCUGAUUCAGUCAGUGAAACCAAAAAUAGUUUAACUUUUGGACAAACAGCAAGAAAGGCACAUGUAGGAACGGCUUCGAGAAGCGGUCGUUUCUAA